CUUAUACUAUAGUGUUCAUGGUGGCGCGUCGUUUGCCUUAAAUCUGUGUUUUAUUUCCCGUCUAAGGUCUCAAGUCUCGGUUUAAUCGUCAUGGACGCCACCAGCACUUCACUUCUUCGCUUUUAAAGGGCCACCAUGUCUGAAACGAGCAACGGCUCAUUUCCAGGCGACGGGUACAACCUAGACGUGCUCAGGCAGCUGGAAGCCCACCGGCCCAUCAAAAUGGCAAUUAUACUAGCGCUGGGGGUCAUGAUCACGCUGGGAAACGUGGCCGUGGUAAUGGUGAUCUCCUCAGCGGUGCCUGGCUGGUCUAGAAACUCCCGGUACUUCUUACUCUCUCUAACCGGGGCGGACUCCGCCUUCGGCCUCGUCGUCAUGCCCCUGAACCUGUGCGUUAGCCUCGUGAAGGACUACAACGACGGGCCGGACUCGUUCUGCCAUAUGGUGGCGUUUUUCAACGCCGCCGUGUACUCGACGUGCAUGUACACGCUGGCGAGCAUCAGCCUGGAGCGCUACGUGGCCGUUUUCUACCCGCUCCAGUACGCCAGCCUACUGAACCGCAGGCGGGCGCUGUUGCUCAUCGCGCUGGCCUGGGGCCUCCCACCAGUGCUGCUCGCGCCCGUCACGUGGCCGAAGGGCAUCAUCGAGGUCCGCUUCUCCGCCGCGUCGCUCGUCUGCAACCCGACCUACUCGAGCAACGUGGCCUACUCGCUCGCGCUCACCGCCUUUAUCUUCUUCCCCUGCUCGGCCAUCAUGACCUUCUGCAACCUCAGGCUGUGGGCGGCUGCCAAGAGGCAGCGGCUGAAGAUGAAGAUGAUGAGGAUGAGGAGCCGCGCGGGCGGGAACGGGCCCGACGUGGCGUCGCGCGUUCUCGUCCCCGUGAUGACCGUGUACUACACUUGCUGGACGCCGUGUAUGGUCAUCUUGAUUUAUAAUGCGACAUCGGGCAGUGGUGUACCGGAGUGGGUAGAGUUUGUUGCUGUGUGGCUACCAACCUCCAAUGGCUUCCUCAACUGUAUCUUUUACUUCUGGAUUAAUAAAAGUUUCAGGAGGAAAUUCCACAUGCUUCUCCACAAGCUCUGUCUAGGACUUUGCCCCAGUGCGGAAAAGAUACUUGGGUGCAUUUCUGCAGCGCCUGUAUGGAAUAACAACAACUCUCUGAGCGAGCGAUCGUCCAGCGUGUCUUCCACAUGUACUUUGCUCACGAUCGCUGCAGAGACCUACAUCUGACAUUCAGGUCAAAAUGGCAUCCAGGUGCCAUGCAUGCAUUUAUGAAGGUGAUUUGCUAUGCUUAUGGGUCGUGAGCACAUUCUGCAGGGCACUGACAUGGAAAGGGUCAAGCUUUAGGUUUAUGUUCGUUAAAUAUCCAACAUUCUUCACUCUGUGUUGCAUACUUUUAGCUCAUGGGCAGCUUGUGCCUUUUUACCUUCACUGCGCCUAUUGAACUAGAUUCAGUCCUGCUUUGUUAGAUUUUGUCUUUUAUUUAGUGUUAUUUUUUAAGUCCAGCUUUCCAAGCAGUUUGAAACACUUUGUCAACUUUUGUUUUACAGUCUUAUUCUCUUAAUAUUGUCACCUAUUGUAAAAAUUACGCAGCAGUGCAUCUGUUUUCCCUCCUCUGUUUGGCUUUAAUGCCUUAUGAAAGGCAUGUUCUCUCGCCUUUCCUUAUCAAUGUCAACAUCUAGCAGUUCAGAAAGGUUAACCUUUUAAAUUCCAGUACUACGGUUUAUGCAGACAGAAUGUAAUUAGGCACUUACAUCACAUGAAGGUCAGCUCGGCUAUGUCUGUUGUUGGAAAGUAGUUCUCUUUUCUUUUCCUCUGUCUAAAGCGACUCUGCCAGGCCCAUGCGUCCGCGAUC